AUGUCUGAUCCUAUCAAGAAGGUCGUUGUCCUCGGGGCGACAGGCAACGUCGGCAGACCCAUCACCACGGCGCUCGCCGAGGCCGGCUACACCGUGACAGCGGCGUCGCGCACCCCGGGCCAAAAGUUCCCGGACUCGAUCAAAAACAUCACCUCCGCCGUCGUCGACUACACCUCGCCGGAAGCGCUGACGGCGCUCUUCACGGGCCAGGACGCCGUCGUUGAAGCCAUCCCCCCAAACGCGCUGCACAUGCAGGGCACCAUCGUCGACGCAUGUUUAGCUGCGGGCACCGUCAGACACAUCAUCACGCCGGACUUUGCGUGCGACACGUUCAACGAGCACAUCACCGAGUUGGCGCUGUACGUGCCCAAGGUGGAGGCGCAGAGGGUCUUGGAGGGGAAGUUGAAGGGCUCAAAGGUGAACUGGAGCGCCAUCAUCACUGGGGGGUGUGUCCUCUGGCAAGAUGAGAUCGAGGAGACGACCCAAAGGCUAACCACAUUCUUCGCCUCUCUCUUGCAUGGCUCUACAGCAAUCCCCCUAGGCUACUACUGGAUCAACCCGCGCACAAACACCCUCGUGGUUUACGGCAGCGGUAACCAGCGCAACAGCAUGUGUCGAGUUUCCACCGCCGCCCAAGUCGUGUGCGACGUCCUCAGAGACCCCGAGAAAUACGCCAACCGGCCCGUCUACGUGGCCGACCACACCGUCAGCAUGAAUGAGCUGAUUCCGAUCCUCGAGGAGAUCAAGCCCGGAUGGCAGAUCGAGCGGGUCGACUUGGACGAGUUCUUCGCGACGGCGAAGAGACUGUGGGACGAGGACACGGACAAAGGGGUCGAGGUGCGCUUGUUGACUCCUGCAUACAACAUGCUAGGAACGUACGGCAUCUUCGAGGAAACCAACCGCUACAACGCCGACUUUGGCCACUUGAUCGAACCGGAGUGCGGGUAUCAGAAAACCCUCGAGGAUUUGAAGGAGGAGUUGAAGACGCUUGUUACAUAG